UUGCCAGUUUAAAAGUUGUCGUCAACUUAUACAGUAGAAUAAUUAUUUCAUUCUCUGUUCUUAAAAUAAUUAAAAUGAUUUUUAAGGUCUUUUCAUUUUUGUGUAUUUGUGAUAUUUUGCUGUCCAGCUCUGUAGUUUUUGGAGAAAGCUCAGGAGGGAAUAAUCUCAAUUGUGGGAAGCCUCAGGUGAAGCAUGUCCAAACACCAAGUGGAUCACAAGUAACAAGAGGAGCUUUUCCAUGGAAUGCAGCUCUUUUAACCAGUGACGGAGAGUUUUUUUGCAGUGGAACUUUGAUAUCAGCCGAUGAAGUUGUAACAGCCGCGGGAUGCAUUAAAGCUAAAUCCUCAGACACAUCUUUCCAGCCUAAAGAUAUAGUUGUUCUUCUUGGAUUUCAAAACUUAAAAAGUGUAUUUGAAGUUGGACGACUUUCAGUUGCUGUCAAGAGCAUUCGAGUCCAUAAUGAUUGGAAUCCACAAACUGCUUCUUUUGACGCUGACAUUGCUAUUUUGGAAUUGGAUGAUAAUGUAAAUUUUGGACCGUACAUCCAACCUAUUUGCUUGUUUGACGCUGAAGCUGAUGCUGCAUCACUCAAAAAUGCUUCAAUUGUUGGAUUUUCAAGCACUUUAAAUGGAGGAGUAGCUAAAGUUCCAAGACUUCUCGACACACCAAUUGUUGGUUUUGAGAAAUGCACAGAAGAGGAAGGAUAUCGUGGUCUGUUAAGCAAUCGAAUGAUUUGCGGUGGUCUUGCUGAUGGAACUGGUCCAUGCUUUGGUGAUGGCGGCACUGGAAUGAUUGUUGCUAAAAAUGGAGUUUAUUACCUUCGUGGAAUCACAUCAGCAACUCUUAUCAACGCUAAAGGAUGCAAUAAUGAUGCUUAUUCUGUUUUUACUGAUGUUUUAAAGUUUUGGGACUGGAUGAACGAGCUCUUGAUCCAGUAAAAUCAAUUAUGUGUAUUGCCAUGUGAAUAAAUCAAACUUACAGUUUGUAGCCGCGUUUUAUUAGACUUUAUUUUAACAUUCUAGCCCUAAUCGAGGAUUUUAUAGCUGAUUGAACGAUCGACUCUCGGGAAUUUCCAACUAUAAUAGUUAUCAAAGUCAAUAUACAAUCAUGAACUCAAAAUUUCAUAGCUUAAAAAAUUCCCAGAUCUAAAAAAUAGCCAUUCAUUCUUUGACCAAUAACAGCAGUGGCACCAACAACAAAAAAAGAGCAAAACUCGUUAUUGCAGAACAUUCAAUCUAUUUCGAUGAACGAAGGCAAUAAAAAUGCAAAUAAAAAAAAGGCACAAAGAUGUAUAGACACAGAAUGAAAAAAGGGGAUAUAGAUGUAGAGACUGGAUAGAUAAGGAACGAAUCUUAUAAUAUUGUUUAUGCAUUAAAUAAAUUGAAAAAGAAGAAGACAAGCUUGGGUGGAGAGAUCACGUCUGUCUAUCAUUGAUA